ACGAGGUGGUCACUCUGCACUUGAUGACAUUUCGCAUGCAAUUGUUGCAGUAAUAUGCCCUCUAAAUUAUAAGUGGCAGGUUAAAAAAGACUCUUCUUCACUCAACAUAAAGCGAAGGACCUGAGAGCCACUGCUGUGCACCAUGUUGUCUAGACUGAGGGCAUCACUGAUGCUGCGGCCCUGUGUGAGCGCCUGCCGCUGGACACACACCAAAGAGAAGGGCAAGCCUCUCAUGUUGAACCCUCGCACCAACAAGGGCAUGGCCUUCUCACUGCAGGAGAGGCAGAUCCUGGGUCUUCAGGGUCUUCUGCCCCCCAAGAUAGAGUCCCAGGACAUCCAGGCCAUGCGUUUCCAGAGGAACCUGAAGAAGAUGACAGAGCCACUGGAGAAGUACAUUUACCUGAUGGGGAUCCAGGAGAGGAACGAGAAACUCUUCUACCGCGUGCUGAUGGAAGACAUUGAGGAGCUGAUGCCUAUCGUUUACACUCCCACUGUGGGCCUGGCCUGUACACAGUAUGGACACAUCUUCAGGAGGCCCAAAGGCCUGUUCAUAUCCAUCUUGGAUCGAGGCCACAUUCGCUCCAUAUUGGACAACUGGCCAGAGACCAAUGUGGCGGCGGUCGUGGUGACAGACGGAGAGCGUAUCCUGGGCCUGGGGGACCUGGGGGUGUUUGGGAUGGGCAUCCCCGUGGGGAAACUGUGCCUGUACACUGCCUGCGCUGGGAUCAGGCCUGAGAGGUGCCUUCCUGUGGUCAUCGACGUGGGAACUGACAACGAGACCCUUCUGAAGGACCCAUUCUACAUGGGUUUGUACCAGAAGCGGGAUCGUUCCCAGCUCUACGAUGACCUGAUCGAUGAGUUUAUGGAGGCUGUGGUGGACAAGUACGGCCAGGACACCCUGAUCCAGUUUGAAGACUUUGGGAAUCACAAUGCAUUCCGCUUGAUGAGGAAAUACCGCGAGAAGUACUGCACCUUUAACGAUGAUAUCCAAGGAACUGCAGCGGUUGCCCUGGCAGGGCUGUUGGCAGCUCAGAGGGCCAUUGGGAAACCCAUCACUGAACAUAGGAUCCUGUUCUGUGGAGCAGGGGAGGCUGCCCUGGGUAUCGCCAACCUGAUUACCAUGUCGAUGGUGGAGAAGGGUUUAACCCAGGACGAAGCCAGGAAAAAGAUCUGGAUGUUUGACAAGGAUGGCCUACUGGUCAAGGGCCGAGCGCAGGAGACAGAUGGCAACCAGGAGGCUUUUGUGCAUGAAAGUCCCGGAGAUGUGCAGAGCUUCUUAGAUGCAGUCAACGUCAUCCAACCAACAGCCAUUAUCGGUGUGUCCGGGGCUGGACGCCUCUUUACCCACGACGUCCUCAAAAAGAUGGGCACCCUAAAUAAACGACCAAUUAUAUUCGCCUUGAGCAACCCCACCACCAAGGCAGAGUGCACGGCUGAAGAUGCCUAUACCCUCACAGAUGGCCGCUGCCUGUUUGCCAGUGGAAGUCCGUUUGACACGGUGACUCUGGCUGAUGGACGUGUUUUCACACCUGGACAAGGGAACAAUGCUUACAUAUUCCCAGGUGUAGCCUUGGCUGUGAUCCUCAGUGGCGUGAGACACAUCAGUGACACGGUCUUCCUGGAAGCUGCCAAGACCCUGGCAGACCAGUUGACUGAUGAGGAGCUGGCGGAGGGGAGGCUGUACCCGCCACUGUCCAACAUCCGAGAGGUCUCUGUCCAGAUGGCAGUCAAGGUGGUCCGGUUUGUGUACGCCAACAACAUGGCCUUCCGGUACCCAGAGCCCAAGGACAAGGACACCUUUGUCAGGUCAACUGUAUGGGACAUCAACUACGACUCAUUUCUCCCUGACAUCUAUGAGUGGAAAGGGAUGAACCCAGCACCUGAUCAUUAGAGAGUUUUGGGUGUGGAAAGGGGGCAACAAAUCACGGUAGGGAAGGUGGGCGGGCGUUAAAGAGGGAAUGGUAAAACUGGGAGGUGGGGAGGACAGUGAAAUUAGGUUAGUUGUUUAAUCCUAGGGCAGAUAUUUGACCGAUUUCUUUGUCAAAAUCAAUUGGCGGGCCAGAAAAAUGUAUAUCUAGUUUUUGUCAUUCAUGAGUGGCCUGGAGUUUUUUUUUUUUUUUUACUCAAACCCGUAGUCUGCCCACCUCUGCAUUAGAGUAACCAGAAUCCACUCUGUCUCCAGGCUUGUACACAUAUUUAUUUAUCUGAAUUGACCUACUCUUCCUUUGGCAUGUUUUUAUAUUGGACCGUUGUGUUUAACACGGGCCCUGAUUUUCCCUGUUCAGUUUCCACAUGAAAACCCUCCAGAAGUGAGGUUAUUGUUAGUCAACAUGCUGCUAGCUAAACAGAAGGAUUCCAACAUAUAAUAUCACUCCAAGCUCUGAAGACCUUGCUUGAAUUAGUUCAUGAAACAGUUAUGCAAAAAAUCUAAGUAAAAUAGUAGAACUCAGUAAUAGUUUAAAGGCUUUUGCUGUUAACAUUUUUUUUUGUCCAUAUCCCCAUAUGAAAUAAUAUACAGUCUAUGUAUAUUGUGUUAUUGACAUUCUAGUCAUUUAGCCAGGGUUGUGGUCAAUUUUAUUUUAGUUCCAGACAAUUCAGGAAGUGCACUGAAAUUCCAAUUAUCUUGAAUGCUUUUCAAUGAGGAACAUUUUGAAUUGGAAUUUGGUCUGCUAAAUUCAGGGUUGGGGUCAAUUCAGAAAGUAAACGCUCUUAUCCAGAGCGACUUAGACUGUAAUUAAGCACUUGUUAGACAGUUGACAGAGCCUGGAUGUUUUGUAGAGCGUAUGUUCGCAUGUGGGUGUGAAAUGUCUCCUAGCUCUGAUGAUAUUUCAUUUGAAGAUGGACGGUGACAGUUGUGAACUAGAUCAAUAUGUUUGUGUCAUGAAUCCUGGGUGUAUUCAUUAGUCGGAUUCCUUUGUAAAAAGUUUUGUCUAUUGCAAAACGUUUUGCAAUGGAAAAGGUUCAGUCCAAACUGAAAACAUUUUGCAACGAAAAUUUGUUUCUAUUGGACAAAUUUUCAGUUUGCUUGGUUUACUUCUGUUUGGUUCCUAGAGUAAAUGCUUUCCAUUGCAAAACAUUUAGCAAAAGACCAAUGAAUAUAUCCCAGAUCAUAUCACCAUGAGUUUCUCCCAGACUAAAGACUAGGCAUAGGGAACCAGCCAUAUUCCUUGGCCAUACACAUAUCAGGGGAUGGGGCUAAUCUUCAGUAUAGAGAGAAGAAUGCUGCAAUAAGCACCAUAUCCAAAUAGACAUGACCAAUGUUAGGAUAAGCUCCAUUGUCAGAAAACAUAAAUACAUUACAUGAACUAUAAUGCUCUUCACAGUCAGUUUUGUAUAGGCAGCAUAUGGUUUACAAGCAUACUUUUUUUUUUGCCACAUUUUAUAUACAGAACUGUCCAUUCACUUUUUGAAAAAAGGAAAUAAGUAAAAAGAUAAGCUGGAUAGAAAACCAGCACAAGGCAGCUGAAGUUUAGAUACACAGGUCCUAGAUUUGUGAGACCGUUUAGUUAAGGACGGUAGACUGGCUUUUUUUUAUCCAUCUGCAUAGGUGAGCGACAUGACUCCCAUAAAAUACACACCUCACUUCUCACCGCAGACGUAGCCAAAGAACAAUGAAUUGUAUAGGAACACAAUAGCUGAAGAAAAAAUAUAUUCAAAUCGGCUUAUUAUUUUUCUCCAUAUCCAACGGGCUAAUUAUAUCUCUUGUACUGUUAGAGUCCUCUUGUUGUAGUUGAUCAAACUAGUUUGAUGAGAUGUCAUUCACAAAUGUACUAUGUUCCACCCUUGAAUUUAGAUUGGACCAUUAAAUGACAGUCGGUCUCAUUCAAUGAUUAUGUUGGCCCAUAAGCCUGUCCAAGCCUGUAACGUUGGUCUCCCAUUCAGAGAAUUGCUGUGCUGUAUUCUUGUCUUGUUUGCUUUUCAUUCAUUUACUUUAAGUGCCCUGGUGAAAGUGUAUGGUUGAAUCCCCGAUGGUCCUUCCUCUUCCAAUGUCUUUGAUGUGUGCAUACAUGUGUGUUUCUGGAGUUUAUUUUUGUUACGCAGUAUGGCCUUAGCGAAUGAACGCACAAAGCGGCAAAAGCGCUCCUCGAGACCCCUAUGUGUGCUGUUACAUGUGCAGAAUUAAAAUUAGUUUUACACUUGCUGUUGCACCC